UAUCUAUUUUUGAAAAAACAAAAAUAGAGACUAUUGAUAUUAUAACUUCUAAGAUAACUGAACAAGACACUGCUAGCAAUAUAUUCUUUGAGAUAAUUAAAACAGAAGAAGCUAACUCUGCUUCACAAGUUUCUGAAACAGCAAUAGAAUGUUGCAACCACUUGGCUAGAGAGUAUUAUGCAAGAAAAAUAGCAUAUCUAGCAACUGAAACUACUGAAAGUGCAUGUGGUAAAGUAUUUUUGCUACAAUUUGCUUUAAUGCCUCUAAGUUUACUUGCUCUUUUAGUUGAAGAUAAUGCACAUAAAUGUGAUUUUUGA